AUGGUGGUUGGGUGGGGUGGUUGGAUUGCCUUGGAUCGUGGUGUUCGGUUGGUGUUGAUGUUGGUGUUGGUGUUGGUGUUGCGUGGAGGAGUUGGGGUUGGCGUUCCGGUGAAAGCGCGUGGGCACGUGAGUGACAGGGGCCUCUUGUCGCGAACCAGUCCCGGUGGACCCGUUCUCCGCCGCCGCCGCCGCCGAUCUCCAGCAGAGGACAGAUUCCAUGUCAAGGAAGAAGUCUCCAUUUGGGACCGCGGCAUCCUUCAGCUGCACACAUACAAAGUUGCCCCCCACCUUCCUUCUCAAUCUCAAUCUCACCCACUCGCGCUCUCGCGCUCUCUGCGACGGAGCCUACCACCAAUGAGCAAACGAGCCUCUAGAUCCAAGAAUCGCCUCUCGACAACAGCACUCAAGCCACAGGGCUCGACCGACUCGCUGGACGGAAAGGGCAAGACUGGAAAUGCGAAUACAAGCGCUACAAAGAUGAACGGCGUCAUGUUGGAACAUCGGCGCAAGCACACGUCUUUCGACAGCAAUGAGCCCUCUAGUCAGGCUGCCUCGCUCAUGGGCGAUUCCCGCUUCUCGCUCGACGACGAGGUGCCCAAGUUUGGCGACGGGGGCGAGGAUGAAGGGCCCUCGAAAGGCUUCUUCGAAUUGUCCAAGAAGGAUCAGCGUAAUUUCUUGUUGCUGGUGCUGUUGUACUUCUUGCAGGGUAUCCCCAUGGGUCUGGCGCAUGGCUCGGUGCCGUUCUUGCUCAAGAAUACCGUGUCGUAUUCGGCCAUUGGCGUCUUUUCACUCGCCGCAUACCCAUACUCGUUGAAGCUGUUGUGGAGUCCGAUUGUGGAUGCCGUGUGGUCGCCCCGCUUGGGGCGAAGAAAGAGUUGGAUUCUACCGAUUCAGGCAAUCUCCGGUUUCUCCAUGAUCUGGUUGGGCAAGAAUAUCAAUCGCAUGAUGACUGAGGCGGGCGAGUCGGAUAGUGGGGUCUGGACAUUUACCUGGUGGUGGUUUGCGCUCGUCUUUCUUUGCGCUACACAGGACAUUGCUGUUGAUGGCUGGGCGCUCACACUGCUGUCCAACGAGAACCUCGCCUAUGCUUCCACUGCCCAGACGGUGGGUCUCACAGCCGGCCAAUUCCUCUCCUACACUGUUUUCCUCGCCUUCAACUCGGUCGACUUUGCCAACAAAUGGUUCCGCCCGGCCAACGCGCCCGGCACGACCGGCCUGAUGGAACUCGAUUCGUACCUCACCUUCUGGGGCUGGGCAUACCUCAUUGUCACGUUUGGUCUCGCUGUGAUGAAGCGCGAGGACCGCGACAAGGACGGCGAUGGAAUAUCAGAGGUAUACCGCACCAUGUGGGGCAUCUUGAAGUUGAAGAACAUUCAAAGCUUCAUCAUCAUUCACUUGAUUGCCAAGAUCGGCUUCCAGGCCAACGACGCGGUUACAAGUCUCAAGCUUCUUGACAAGGGCUUGAAGCAAGAACAGCUCUCCCUUGUCAUUCUGAUUGAUUUCCCAGUCGAAGUCUUCCUUGGCUACUACAUUGGCAAGUGGUGCCAGACGUACCCGCCCAUGCAUAUCUGGUGCUGGUCCUUCAUCGGCCGUCUUGUCGCAGCCGUCUUUGCGCAAUUCGUCGUGUCGAUUUUCCCAGUCGGGGGUGCAACAACGGGCUUCCUUCUGCUGGUCAUUGCAGAGCACGUCCUGUCGACGUUUAUGAAUACAGUCAUGUUUGUCGCCGUCAGUGCGUUCCAUGCAAAGAUAUCGGAUCCACUGAUUGGAGGGACGUAUAUGACGUUGCUUGCUACUGUAUCAAACCUCGGCGGCACGUUUCCUCGCUUCUUCGUGCUCAAAGCCGUGGAUCUGUUUACAUCUGCUACUUGUAUUCCACCGUCUACACCGCCCAAGGCAGAUUUGCUCAAAGGGUCCCUGGUCACACAACCUUUUUCUUGCUCCCUCGAGCAUGACAAGCACAUAUGCCGUGAUGGAGGCGGUAUCUGCAAUGUUACUACGGAUGGAUACUACAUUGUCAACAUCCUGUGUGUGGUCAUUGGUGUAGUUACCUUUUGGGGAUACAUCAAGCCAGCGGUGAUGAGGAUACAAGCGUUGCCAAUGCGGGCGUGGCGGAUAGCACAGUAG